AUGAGCUCAUUCUUUAACUUUGCCAGAAGAACAUUGUUCACUCCAUCAACCAGACAGUUCUUGAGAGGUGGUGACCAUGGUCAUGGUCAUGGCGGUCCAGAGUAUGGCAUUCCAAAUGGACUGCAGAAGAACAUCUCAUUCGCCACAAAGAUUGUCGCUUGUGCUAUCAUGUCUUACAUCCCAUUCGCUGCCAUCAACCAUCAAAAGGCUAAGAAGGCAUCAAAGGACUAA